CAAUGGAUGGAGCCAACCUCUCUGUAGUGUCUGAGUUUGUCUUCCUAGGACUCUCCAAUUCCUGGGAGAUCCAGCUCUUUCUUUUCCUCUUUUCUUCUGUGUUCUACAUGGCGAGUCUGGUGGGAAACCUCCUCAUUGUGUUCUCUGUGACCUCUGACUCUAACUUACACUCCCCCAUGUACUUCCUGCUGGCCAACCUCUCCUUUCUUGACCUGGGAGUUUGCUCUAUUGCAGCUCCCAAAAUGAUUUAUGAUCUUUUCAGAAAAUGCAAAGCCAUCUCUUUUGGGGGUUGUAUAACUCAGGUCUUCUUUAUUCAUGCUAUUGGGGGCACGGAAAUGGUGCUGCUCAUAGCCAUGGCCUUUGACAGAUAUGUUGCUAUAUGUAAGCCUCUCCACUAUGUGACCAUCAUGAGCCCACAAAUGUGCAUUUUAAUUUUGGCUGCUGCCUGGAUUCUUGGCCUUAUCCACUCAGUGGCCCAAUUGGCUUUUGUUAUGGACUUGCCAUUCUGCGGCCCUAAUGUAUUGGACAACUUUUACUGUGAUUUCCCUCAGCUCAUUAAACUUGCUUGCACAGAGACCAAUAGACCAGAGUUCAUGGUCACAGUCAACAGUGGACUCAUCUCUGUGGGCUCCUUCUUCAUACUGAUCAUUUCUUACAUCUUCAUUCUGGUCACUGUUCAGAAACACUCUUCCGGUGGGUUAUCCAAGGCCCUUUCUACUCUGUCAGCUCACAUCACUGUGGUGGUUUUAUUCUUUGGGCCAAUAAUCUUCUUCUACACCCGGCCCUUCCCCUCAUCACGCUUGGACAAGUUUCUUGCUCUCUUUGAUGUCGUUCUUACUCCUUUUCUGAAUCCUGUUAUCUAUACAUUCAGGAACAAAGAGAUGAAGGCUGCAAUGAAGAAACUUUGUCAUCAGCUUGGGAUUUACAGGAAGAUGUCCUAA